CUAGCGGCAAAUAAACAUAUGUAACUAAACGCAUCAGACGCAAAGUUCAGUUGAGUUCAGUUUAUAGAGCGGCGGUAGUUAAAACGAUAAAUAUUAAAUUUAGUACAUCAUUAGUUAUGGAAUUAUUCGAAAAUGUCUCAAUUAUCAAUUAGACUGAACAGCUGUAUCCCAUAGCUAUAAUUGUGGGCUUGACUAAAUGCGAUGCCAUGAACGUAGCGUCGGUUUUCCCCUCCACGUAAACUGGGAGUCGACGUCGAGGUCGAGGAACGAAGAGUCGAUUAGUAGCGUCGUAGCGACCGUCACAAGAACGCCAUGUUAUGCUGUAGGUGGUGUGGUGCGGGGUUUACGUGUUGUUUCGUUAUUUUCCAGUAAUUCUACUCAAUUAUUUAUUUCUAUUGAACAUUCUCAAGAGUGUGUGGUGCGCGUCCGUCUUUAUUUACUGGAACUGCAGAAAAAGAAACGUUUUCGUAAAUGUGCGCGGUUAAGUUGCUUUUUUCUGUGAGCGGUUCGUGCUUUAUUGGACACUAAUAAUUCCUUGAGACUUCUUUAUUAACUGCCUUGUAAAUUGUUUACAAGGUGCUCACGCCGUCUUGCCGGCUGAGCGAUUAUUCUCAAGGGCUGUGUUUAAUGAUAGAGCUGUAAUUUCCCUUUCAGGGAUUCACUGUGUACUGUUGCGGGAUCCUGUGCUUCCUUAGUGCAACCCUUUGUCACUUUUUAUAACCUGACCACGCAACUGAAGUUUGUCUGCUCCUCGUGUAACAUGUCAUUGGGACUUUGACAGAAUAUUCAACGGAUCCGAGUUAACUAGAAAAUAUUAGAAUGUGGUCAUCACAGAGUAAUAAUUCUACCGGCAGUGGCGUAACCACUGCACAAAACCUUCGCACAUUGGGCAUGACAUCUGCUAUAAGCGUAGCAGAACCUAAGCCUAGCGAUCUUACCAGGACAAAUGAAUUAAGAGAAGCUUUGAAACCUUACAAUGUUUUUGAAUCGGAGGAAGAACUUAAUCAUAGAAUGGAAAUUUUGAGCAAAUUGAAUACUCUGGUUAAACAAUGGAUAAGAGAUACAAGUAUUGCCAGAAACAUGCCACCGAAUGUGGCAGAACAAGUUGGUGGAAAAAUUUACACUUUUGGAUCAUAUAGAUUAGGUGUUCAUCACAAAGGAGCGGAUAUAGAUGCCCUGUGUGUAGUCCCACGUCACAUAUACAGGUCCGAUUAUUUUACAUCAUUCUUUGAUUUGUUAAAGCAGCAAUUAGAAGUUACAGACUUACGGGCAGUUGAAGAGGCAUUUGUUCCAGUUAUAAAAAUGAAUUUUGAUGGCAUCGAAAUCGAUAUGUUAUUUGCAAAGUUAGCACUUAAGGAAAUUCCGGAUUCUAUGGAUCUAAAAGACGACAUGCUCUUGAAAAAUCUAGAUCAAAAAUGUGUCAGAAGUUUAAAUGGUUGCCGCGUGACAGACGAAAUAUUGCGUCUGGUACCUAACAUAGAGAAUUUUCGUUUGGCUCUUCGGGCAAUAAAGUUGUGGGCAAAGAGACAUGGAAUAUACAGCAACGUGUUGGGUUAUCUUGGCGGUGUAUCAUGGGCUAUGCUCGUCGCGCGAACUUGUCAGCUUUAUCCCAAUGCUGUUGCAGCGACUCUAAUAGAAAAAUUUUUUCUGGUAUUUUCCCAAUGGAAAUGGCCACAACCCGUCCUUCUGAAACAACCAGAUAGCGUCAAUCUUGGAUUUCCAGUCUGGGAUCCUAGAGUUAAUAUUUCAGACAGAUACCAUUUGAUGCCAAUAAUUACCCCGGCGUAUCCACAGCAAAACUCAACGUUCAACGUAUCAGUGUCCACGAGGACGAUAAUGCAAGAGGAAUUCGAGACUGGUUUAGCACUCACCGAGGAGAUAAUAAUGGGAAAGGCUACGUGGGAUAAAUUAUUCGAACCACCAAAUUUUUUUUGCAAAUACAAACACUAUAUUGUACUUUUGGCCAGUAGUCUAGCGGCGGAGGAUCAGCUCGAGUGGUGCGGACUUGUUGAAUCGAAAAUACGGCAUUUGAUAGGUACACUGGAAAGAAAUCCUCACAUCACCUUGGCACAUGUCAAUCCUGAGGCAUUUCCACCGUUGGAACCAGAAACAGAUAGACAUUGUUCCAUGUGGUUCAUUGGUUUAUUAUUUGCUAAAUGCGAAAAUUUGAACGUGGACCUUACGUAUGACAUAAAAUCAUUUGUUGAAUCAGUUGAAAGACAAGCAGAGCAAAUCAGUAUGCUAAAAGACGGAAUGCGGAUAGAAGCCAAACACGUGAAACGAAAGCAGCUCCAUACAUACGUUUCUCCGAGUUUACUUAAACGCGAAAGAAAGUUGUUGUUACAGGUGUCCGGUGGCACGCAUCGGAAUGGAAAUGUUACUGGCAACGGCAACGGAAAUAGCGGUGGAGUCUCUCCGGGAAGUCAAGGGGAAGCAAACAGCAAGAAGCGAUUGUCUGAUCAAAGCCUGGACGCUUAUGGAAAGAAGCGCAAAGUCCAUGACGGUGAACAACAAGUAACACAGGGAGACGAAAGCUCUUUAGUACUUCAGUCCUGCGGGGAAGAUAGCAACUCUGGAUUUAGCUUGGACGAAUACAAACAGAAUUCGACGUCAGCAAAGGACGAAGGCCGAGCAGGUGGUGCAACGGUAGUGCAGGAAGGAUUCGUAUGCACUUGACCACUGCAUGGAUACUACCUCACACCAAUCCACAGAUGCUCUUCUGGGCCAUCUAGAAUGUAAACACUUCUCGCACCGCGACCCAACACCCACUGCCCGCUCUGUAAGUCUCUCAUUUCAUAGGGAAAAACGGAAGUAAAAAAAAAACAUGAACGCGGUGUCAAAGAAGGUCGCCCGUUGGAUGAGAGUCACAAGAUUUAUUCGUUAACAAUAUGAGGAUGCUUGGUCCUUGUAUACGGUCGAUCAGGCCGUGGAAGAAGCGCCUCGCGUGAGUAUCGACCGUGUAUGACUGUCAAGUUGCCAAUGUGUAGUUUUCAUCUCCUUCCUGUCUUUCGGAUCGUUAUGCCAGAAAUCGAGAGUACAACGAGAAGUUCAGUGGAUCAACUCACGACAAUCAGGACUGUUGUCGCGCUACGUCUAUCCGUGAUGUGAGUGAUUGUUUUUUGGGUAGCUUACAUAUUGUUUUGCAGACUAUUUUUUACUCUUCUUUUUGCUCGCUACUGUACCCGUUCUCGAGUCUGACACCAAACAAGUUCUUGAGAAGCAAUUUCGCAAUUCUAGCGAAAUCGACAAUGCGUUAAGGAGACUAAAGUAAAAUUUCAUUGAAUAUCUAGUCAAAGGAACAAGUAUAGCCAAUCAAGACCCAUUGCCUUUAUCUCAAAAUAACUGUAACUUUAUUUUUAUCUUAAAAAAGACAUUCAAAGCCAUCGAACCUGACAGAAUCAAAGGGAGAAAAUUUAUGAUACACGAAACGUAAGAAAGAAAAAAAAAUAAAACAGAUGACAAGUACGUGUUAUCUAAACAACUUGUAACAAUUAUUUAUACUUACUGUAAUUGAGUUGAUUCGAAAGCGAUGAGACUGCAUUAGGAGAUUGGUUUAAGUGAGCUCUUUUUUUUCUUUAUGCAGUCUUCUAAUUUUUACAGUGAGAUAGACCAACAAUGUUGAUUUAAACUGUACAGCAACAGUUAUGGCAUCUUAGUUGAUUCUAAUUAGUUUUUUCAGGUAAAUGCAUGCCUCAAAACAAAAUAAAAAUAAAAUAAGAAAAAAAAGUAGUCUUGGUUCGAACAAAGAA